UAAAUGGAAGAAGCAAACCAAUCUGUGGUAUCUGAGUUUAUUUUUCAGGGGCUUUGUACAUCAAGGGAACUACAGAUCUUCCUCCUGCUGCCAUUUUCCACCCUCUACCUGAUGACUGUUGUAGGAAACCUGUUUGUCACAGCAUUAAUCAUCACUGAUCAUCGCCUCCAUUCUCCCAUGUACUUUCUGUUAGCCAAUCUCUCCUUUAUUGAUUUUUGCCUUUCAUCAGUUACUACCCCCAAACUGAUCAUAGAUCUUGUAAAAGAUAAUAAAACCAUUUCCUUUGGGGGCUGCAUGAGUCAGAUCCUCUGUGUGCAUUUCUUUGGAGGGGGCGAGAUGGUGCUUCUUGUAACAAUGGCCUAUGACCGCUAUGUGGCCAUCUGCAGGCCACUCCACUACACCAGCAUCAUGGACAGACAGAAGUGUAUCUGGCUCGUUUUGAUAUCAUGGAUCAUUGGCUUUGUCCAUGCCAUGAGUCAGCUGAUCCUGAUUUUGGAGCUACCUUUCUGUGGACCUAGAGUGAUCGACAGCUUUUUCUGUGAUCUUCCUUUGGUGAUGAAGUUGGCCUGCACGAAUACUGAUACUCUGGGAAUUGUGAUAAAUGCUGACAGCGGUGUUUUAGCAACAACUUGUUUCCUUCUCUUGCUGAUAUCUUACACUUACAUUCUAUUAACUGUCCAGCAUCACUCUAAAGAAGGCUCAUCAAAGGCACUCUCUACCUGUACAUCCCACAUCAUAGUGGUUCUGCUAUUCUUUGGGCCUGUCAUUUUCAUGUAUCUUUGGCCAGUCAGCAUCACUUGGGUAGACAAGUUUCUUGCUGUAUUUUAUUCAGUCAUCACACCCCUCCUAAAUCCAGCCAUCUAUACACUGAGAAAUAAAGAUAUUAGGGAUGCCAUAAAGAAGCUGAUAAAUCAUAUGUGA